GGCAAGCGAGGGUUAAUUCAAUUACGCUGAACACACCCAUUAUUGUAAAAGCUAAAACCCUUACAGAACCCUGGCGGCUUUAAUCUGAAAUCUUAACUUCCGGCCGAUCGCUGUGGGUUACUCUAGUUCUCAGUUUUUCUUUAACACGGGAGAAGAGUAAAUAUGAGAUUCAAGAAGCAGAAGCGUCACCGGAAGACAGUGAGAUUUUUCUGCGUGUGCUUCGGUUUCAGGCAGCCAUUCAAGGUUCUUUGCGAUGGAACUUUCGUGCACCACCUUCUUCACAAUGACUUAACACCCGCUGACAAGGCUCUCUCCAAUUGUCUUUCUGCACCUGUCAAGCUUUUCACCACCAGCUGUGUUCUCGCAGAGCUGAAGAAACUCGGUGCUGCUCAGUCUGCAUCUUUCCAAGCAGCUCGUAAACUCGCAAUUGCUAGAUGUGAUCAUGAGAAGGUGGUCAGUGCUGAUGCUUGCAUUGCGGAGGUCAUUGGAGAAAAUAAUUCUGAGCACUUUUUUGUUGCUACCCAGGAUGCUGAUCUCCGAAAGAAACUUCAGAAGGUACCUAAUGUUCCUUUAAUAUUUGGCCUACGAAAUGCCCUUUUCCUUGAGCAACCAUCUAAGUUUCAGCGUGAUUUUGUCAAAUCUUCUGAAGAAAAACGCCUUCAUUUGACUGAGAAGGAAUAUAAGGCAUUAGAGAAGAGGACGACUAGUGUUUCAGCAAAUGCGGAUGAAGAAGAUUCAGGUGAUGAAGAAGGUUUGGGUCAUCACAAUCCAGGGUUGCAGCCACAUGAUACCAGGAAUUAUUCAGGGAAGGAAAGAGAUGUAAAGGAUAGAGUUCGAUUUAAAAGAAAGAAAGCUAAGGGUCCAAAUCCGCUUUCAGUUAAGAAGAAAAAAGGCCAUGAAAACCUGAAUCGUGCAUCUGGGAAGGAAGUUAAGGGUGAUGAUGGCAAUGGUGAGAACAAGAGGAAAAGGAAGCGGUCUCGCAGAGGUAAAACUGUUGCUGGGGCAGAUGUGUAGUGCAUUAAGGUACGAGAGACAAAAAAAAACUUGGUUGUAAGUAUGAUGGUACCCAUUCCCAAAAAAAAAAGUAUGAUGGUACCCUAACUGCAACGCAAUCAAUUGAAGAGAUGCUACUGUGGUUUUAUGAGGUUUUCACUCUCCAAAAAGACUUGAUAACAUUUUAGAUACUCUCUAGGGGGAGUUGAGUUGAGUUGAGCUGAGCUAAGAGGGAUCAAUUUUGUGUGUAAUGUCUUAUCUCUUUGUUCAUGGUGUGUUCGGAGAAUGUGAGCAUGCCGAUUCAUCUUUUUUUUUUUUCACUUUUGCGACUUUGCACUAAAUUUUGCGAUGGUUUUAGAUAGGAGCCAUGAAUCCUAUAGGGGCUACAUACUCCAAUUAUUGUUGGGAUACAAGUGUUCAUACCGUAUUCAACAAAUGAGGGGUCUUUGUGGACAAACCCCUUAGGUAAUGUUGAUGGGGAUUGUGACAUUUGGUGUGAGGGUUUAGGUACUAGCGAUUUACCAUGUGGACUUUUGUUGUAGUGAGGAGGAUGCCGAUAAGAGGUCAUGAAUCUUACAUUAUGAGAGUAGAUUUUGAAAUAUAAGUGUUUCACAUCAUUUUCAAUUUA